AUGGUGGCCAUCAAGCAGAUCGUCCUCGCCGGCGUCGCCAUGUUCGGCAUGAUCCAGAACGUUGCCGCAUUUGCCCCCGCCGAGAGCUCCAUGGCCCUGAACAGGCGAUACAUCGAUGAAGAUCUCCCCUUCGAGGUCCGAGCCGUCCUGGACGGCAGCCAUCCCGAGGUGGCUGUCAUCAACAAGCGAUUAUUCGUGGGCAUGGCUCUCAAGGCCGGCCGUAAGAUCCUCGGUGCCGGUGUCAAGGCUCUCUCCCGCCACAAGCGUGACGUCGAUGACGAGAUGGUCAUGGCGGUCCGCGAUAUCAUGGAUGACACUCCUCUUGUUGAGUUCCAGGUCCGCACCCUGGAUGAGGAUCUCCCCGUGGAGGUUCGUGCCGUCCUGGAAGACAGCCACCCCGACCUGGUCAUGGUUAACAAGCGAUUGUUUGUGGGAAUGGCUCUCAAGGCUGGCCGCAAGAUCCUCGGCGCCGGUGUCAAGGCUCUUUCCCGCCAUUAG